AUGGUCGGCAGCUGCCAUGAAGUGGAUGGGAUAGAGAGGAUAGUGGAUAGGAUAGUGAAAACAUCUUUUCAUCGCCCUCAGACACUGGACUACAGAAAUGGUUGUGCCUUUUUUCGGCUGCCAAAAGUGGGGAUAGGUGGGGAGCAGCUUUAUGUGAAUCAGCUCUCCGAAUCUGAAUUAGAUGAAUUAUCCAGCAUAAGACCCACGCUGACCUAUGGGCAAGCCAAGCGGGCUCCGCCUUCAGACUUCAUUCCAGCAUAUGUGGUUUUUGACAAAAAGAUUUUGAAGUUUGAUGCCUAUUUCCAGGAAGAUGUUCCUCUCUCUGCAGAAGAGCAUUACCGGAUCCGUCAAGUGGGUAUCUAUUACUUUUUGGAAGAUGACAGCAUGUCUGUCAUGGAGCCCGUUGUGCCAAACUCUGGGCUUCCUCAAGGCAAACUUAUCAGACGCCAGCGGGUGCCCAAGAACGAGCAGGGGGAUCAUUACCACUGGAAGGAUCUGAAUCGGGGCAUGAACAUCACCAUGUACGGCAGGACGUACCGCAUAGUUGACUGCGACCCGUUCACACAGGUGUUCCUGGAGAGCCAAGGGAUUGAACUGAACCCUCCAGAGAAAAUGGUUUUUGAUCCUUACACAGAACUGCGUCGGAUGCCUAUGCGCAAGUACAUCACCCCGUCAGACUUCGACCAGCUCAAACAGUUCCUGACCUACGACAAGCAGGUCCUGCGUUUCUACGCUGUGUGGGAUGACACCAGUAGCAUGUUCGGUGAGAAGCGGCCUUACAUCAUCCAUUACUAUUUGGCAGAUGACACAGUGGAGGUUCGGGAAAUCCAUGAACUUAAUGAUGGCAGAGACCCAUUCCCAGUGCUAAUAAAGCGCCAGCGGCUGCCCAAAACCUUUGUGGACAAGAAAACGACCUUCCCAAGUUGCGUGCUGGAGAUCUCUGAUCAGGAGGUCCUUGAAUGGUACACAGCCAAGGAUUUUGCUGUUGGCAAAUCUACCACCCUCCUCGGCCGCCCUUUCUUCGUCUAUGACUGCGAUGAGUUCACGCGAAACUUCUAUCGUGACAAAUUUGGCAUCACAGACUUCCAGCCAGUGGAUGUUAGGAAGAAACCACUUGAGGAAGUGCCUCAGGUAAUUCCUCCCUACAAUGGUUUUGGCUUCCUUGAAGACUCCCUUCAGAACUGCUUUUCUCUGCUUCCAAAGCCUCCCCGGAAAGAUGUUAUUAAGAUGCUGGAGAACGACCACAAGGUGCUGCGAUAUCAGGUGGCUCUGGAAUCACCAAACCCUGAGGACAGAAAGAGACGUUUCAUCCUCUCUUAUUUCUUGUCAAAUGACAUGAUCAGCAUUUAUGAACCCCCGGUCCGCAACUCUGGUAUCAUUGGAGGCAAAUACCUAGGCAAGACUCGAGUCCCCAAACCGGGCUCCACCACUGAGAAUGCCACAUACUAUGAGCCCUCUGACCUCACCAUUGGUUCCACGCUUGAAGUGUUUGGCCACAGGUUUAUUAUCACCGACGCAGAUGAAUACGUGCUCAAUUAUAUGGAGAGCAACGCAGAGAGCUUCCCUGCAGCAACGCUGCAGUCCCUGAGGGAUCAUUUUCGCCCACGGCAGGUGGUGAAGGACACUGCCAUAAGUGACAGCCCUGUACCAGAGACCAGCAAACAGGAAUUGGAUGAGUUAAUAGUGCAGGUUCAGGAAGAGAUGAAGCUCCAUAACUACCUGAACAACAGGAACAUUCAGGAAGAAUUUCUUCAGCAUGAUAAGGAUGGCUCUGGAAUCUUGGACAAAGGAGAAUUUUUAGCCCUUUGCAACAGCUUGAAUGUGCCGACCAGCAAUGUCCUGGUUAACAAGCUGAUUGGCCUAUGUUCUGGUGGAGAAAACAAGAUAAGCUACCGUGACUUCCUUAGAGCCUUCCCCUCCUGAUCUUACCCCAGAAGCUGAAGCAGAAGCAAGACCAGCAAAGACAUUCUGAGCAGAGUUUAAGAUA